AUGGCUCGUGCCAGUAUUCGUCUCCCACCUUUUCUCUUGCUCCUCGCAGCAACUUGUGCCGCGGUAGCGAACGCGCAGCUGUCGGAGGACUACUACGGUUCUUCUUGCCCCGCGGCGCUUCUCACCAUCAGGACAACCGUGGCGACGGCGGUGCUGCUCGACCGCCGCAUGGGCGCCUCCCUUCUCCGGCUUUACUUCCACGACUGCUUUGUGCAAGCAAGUCCUCAAGAUCUUCCUCUGCUAUUCCCUUGGUCCUCUUUCAAUGGGUGCGACGCGUCCGUGCUGCUCGACGACACGCCCAGCUUCACCGGUGAGAAGGGGGCGGGGCCGAACGCAGGGUCGCUGCGCGGCUUCGAGGUGAUUGACAGGAUCAAGCUGCUGCUGGAGCUGAUUUGCCCGGGGACCGUCUCCUGCGCCGACAUCCUCGCCGUCGCUGCCCGCGACGCCGUCGUCCACCUAGGGGGGCCAUCAUGGACGGUUCUACUUGGGAGGAGGGACGCCACCAGCGCAAGUGCGUCCUUGGCCAACAGUGACCUCCCCGGCCCCAACUCCAACCUCAAUGAUCUCCUCGCCGCUUUCUCCAAGAAGGGAUUAAGCAGCACCGACAUGGUUGCUCUCUCAGGGGGGCACACCAUCGGCCGGGCGCAAUGCCAGAGUUACCGAAACCGGAUCUACGCCGACACCGACAUCGACGGGACCUUCGCGGCGUCGCUGCGAGGGGACUGCCCACAGGGCGGUGGCAACGACGGCAACCUCGCGCCUCUCGACGCCUCCUCGCCCGACUACUUCGACAACAGCUACUUCUCCGGCCUCCUCACCCAUAUGGGGCUGCUCCACUCCGACCAGGCGCUGUACGACGGCGGCUCCACGGACGGUCUGGUCAGGAGCUACGCGUCCAACAAUGAUCAGUUCGGCAGCGACUUCGCGGCCGCCAUGGUGAAGUUGGGCAAUCUCGGUGUGCUCACGGGGGCGUACGGGGAGAUCAGGGUCAACUGCCGGGCGGUAAAUUGA